CGCUGCGCCGCAGGAACAAGCUGAAGCCCCCCGGGACGCCACCGCCCUCCUCGCGGAAGCUGAUCCACCUCAUCCCCGGCUUCACCGCGCUGCACCGCAGCAAGUCCCACGAGUUCCAGCUGGGGCACCGUGUGGACGAGGCGCACACCCCCAAAGUCAAGAAGAAGAACAAGCCCUUGAACCUCAAGAUCCACAACAGCGUGGGGAGCUGCGAGAACAUCCCCGCGCAGCGCUCCCCACUCCUCUCCGAGCGCUCCCUGCGCUCCUUCUUCGUGGGGUACCCGCCUUUCCUCCCCUCCACCCCUCCUGUCCACACCGAAGCCACCUUCUCAGCAAAUACGCUGUCAGUGCCUCGCUGGUCCCCGCAGAUCCCCCGUCGAGACCUAGGAAACUCCAUAAAACACAGGUUUUCCACCAAGUACUGGAUGUCUCAGACCUGCACUGUCUGCGGGAAAGGAAUGUUGUUCGGCUUAAAAUGCAAGAACUGCAAGCUCAAGUGCCACAACAAAUGCACCAAAGAGGCCCCUCCGUGUCACCUGCUGAUCAUCCACCGCGGAGAUCCAGCAAGGUUAGUCCGGACAGAGUCGGUGCCCUGCGAUAUCAACAACCCCUUGCGCAAACCCCCCCGGUUUUCGGACCUGCACGUCAGCCAGACGCUCCCCAAAACCAACAAACUCAACAAGGACCACAUCCCGGUGCCCUACCAGCCAGACUCCAGCAGCAACCCCUCGUCCACCACCUCCUCCACACCCUCCUCACCAGCGCCCCCGCUGCCACCCAGCGCCACCCCCCCGUCUCCCCUGCACCCGUCCCCGCAGUGCCCGCGCCAGCAGAAGCAGUUCAACUUGCCAGCUUCCCAUUACUACAAAUACAAGCAGCAGUUCAUUUUCCCAGAUGUGGUGCCUGAGACACCGACCCGAGCACCGCAGGUGAUCCUCCACCCUGUCAACUCCAACCCCAUCCUGGAAGGAAAUCCAUUGCUUCAAAUUGAAGUGGAGCCCACCUCGGAGAAUGAGGAAGGCCCCGAGGAGGUGCAGGAGUCCGAGGAUGACUUUGAAGAGAUGAACCUCUCGCUGCUCUCCACACGCAACUUCCCGCGCAAGGCCAGCCAGACCAGCAUCUUCCUGCAGGAGUGGGACAUCCCCUUCGAGCAGCUCGAGAUCGGCGAGCUCAUUGGCAAGGGCCGCUUCGGGCAGGUCUUCCACGGCCGCUGGCACGGGGAGGUGGCCAUCCGCCUCAUCGACAUCGAGCGGGACAACGAGGACCAGCUCAAGGCCUUCAAGAGGGAGGUGAUGGCGUACCGGCAGACCCGGCACGAGAACGUGGUGCUCUUCAUGGGAGCCUGCAUGAGCCCUCCACACCUCGCCAUCAUCACCAGCUGGCUGGGAGCAGUACUGCUUAAUGUCCUCAUCAAUGGCAUAGUCAUUGAGGGCACCCUCAGCACAUUUGCAGGUGACACCAAGCUGUGUGGUGUGGUUGACAUGCCUGAGAGACAGGAUGCCAUCCAGAGGGACCUGGAUGAGCUCUAA